AUGCGUCUCAUAAACACAACGUCUUACUUUCUCGAGGAAUUCUUCGGCGACAACACUCCCAAUUACGCUAUCCUUUCCCAUACUUGGGGGGCCGAAGAGGUCUCCUAUCAGGAGUGGAUUUAUGCCCAUAAUCAAGGCAUUGCGAGAUGGGGCUGGGUUAGGAUUGAAGAGGAAGUUGAUCGUAUCAAAGCCAAAUCCGGGUACAAGAAAAUCUUGAAUGCCUGCCAGCAGGCUCGAUCCGCCAGCCACCAAUGGAUCUGGGUGGACACAAACUGCAUCGAUAAGAGUAGCUCAUCCGAGAUGUCGGAAGCCAUCAAUUCCAUGUUCAAUUGGUAUCAGAAAGCCAAAGUUUGCUAUGCCUAUCUUGCUGACGUCCCGAGCAUGAACGAGCAAGUUGCAACAUCACGGCAAAGCGCCUUUCGCAGUAGCCGCUGGUUCACCAGAGGAUGGACGUUGCAAGAGCUGAUAGCACCGGCAUAUCUAGAUUUCUACUCUUUAGACUGGAAUUUCAUCGCCUCGAGAGAGUCAUUGGCGCAAUGCGUGAAAUCCGUCACAGGAGUACCGACUUCGUGUCUAGGCUCUAAUCCAUUCCAAUCUCGGCGCCAUUCCAUCGCAGCAAAACUCUCGUGGGCGUCAAAACGGAGGACUACUCGCAUUGAGGACAGUGCAUACUCUUUGCUCGGGAUCCUCAAUGUGCACAUGACCCUUCUCUACGGCGAAGGCGAGAACGCCUUCCUGCGACUUCAGGGCGAGAUUAUAAAGCGUAGCGCAGAUCAGAGCCUAUUAGCUUGG